AUGGCCGCCCGUAUCGGCGGUGGCGACCAGCAGUUCAAUCCCCGGCUGCGGUUGGCCGUCGACAAGGCGAAGGCCGGAAAUGUCCCCCGCGACAACAUUGAUCGUGCGAUCAAGAAGGGCACCGGCGACCUCCCCGGUUUUCGGAUCGAAGAAGCGAGCUAUGAGGGCUAUGCCGCCGGCGGAGUGGCGGUCUUCGUUCAAGUGGCGACUGACAACCGAAACCGCACGGUCAGCGACGUUCGCCACCUGUUCUCCAAGUACGGGGGGAACCUCGGAGAAACCGGAUCGGUCAACUGGAUGUUCGAAAAGGCCGGACAGUUCCUGGUGCCCAGGGAUCAGGCUUCCGAAGACGAUCUGAUUGACAUCGUCCUGUCGAGCGGCGGCAGCGACGUGCUCGAGGACGGCGAGCAUUGGGACCUGCGCUGCCCUCCCGCGGCCUUCGCCGCCGUAAGGGACGCGCUGGGAUCGAGCGGGGUCCGGUGUGACAGCGAAGAGAUCGCAAUGCUCGCCACCCAGCAUGUACGGGUCGCCGGGGGUGAGGCUCAGCGAGUCCUCAGACUCAUGGACGCGCUUGAGGAUCACGAGGACGUGAUUGGCGUCUGGGCGAACUUCGACAUGGACGACGAAGAGCUGGACGUCGCGGCGUCCUGA